AACCAACUUCCGGCGUGGGUGGUUCUCCGUUGUAAGCAAUAGCUUGCUCAAUAAAAAAUAUCUUUGAUUUUUGUAUUCUACGUACGGAAUAAUAUGGAUAACGUUACAUCUUCUGAAACGGAUACAUCACCGGAUGGGAGCAUUAGUAAUGGUGCAGAUGCCACUCCGCGUUCAGAAGAAAUAAUUGAGCCAAUCGAGGAGUCGGUUGAGUCAACGAACGAGACCAGCGACUGCUCCGCGGGGACGUCACGCAUGUAUAUGAAUGUUGAUUGCAUACCAAUGCCCACGUUCUCGAUGGACAUGACGAAAAAAACCGAUAUAAAUACUCAAUACGAUUCGGGUGAUCCGCCAUUAGAAAAUUACAGCCUUCCAAGACGAACUCGCACGGGAAAUUUGUGGACAAGACACCGCUGCAAGAGCAUAUCUGCAAGAGCUGAUGGCAAAAAAAACGAAGAACGCCAGGCAGACACUGUAUCUGCAAACACCCACUCGACAGGUAAACGCGAAUCCCAUAGGACAGGUAGCAGCGGCAGGUCCAUACAUGAUUCGAUCGAGAAUCCAUCGCUGCAUUUCACCAGCAUCGCUGCCGGCAGUUAUGCACGCAACAGUUUCGGCCCAACCGAUGAACUUUAUAUCGGUGGGGAUGAUGGUGCAUUGAAUUCUCCCACGCUGUCAGCGAUCAUAAAGGCCAUCAAAGACUCGACGGAAUCGAUCAAUCGCACCAUCAGCGAGAAAAUGCGCGAUACUGAUUCACUAAGCCGCCCGCGGAGUGCUGUCAGCAGCAGUAACAGCCUACCCACGGCCUCGCGCUUCCACAGUCUGGGAGCAAACAGCCCCUCACCUUCGGUGCACACGGCACAGAGCACAGUCCACCGCUCGUACAGCCCAGGCGUCGUAUCGGAUAUGGUACGCGAAAUUCGGGAAAAUUCGCGAGUCCGGGAAGAGGCGCUAAUGACACAGAUGCGAACCAUGAUGGAUGAACACUCGUUGACACAAAACAAAACUCUAAAGCGUCUCGCUCGUGACGUGGAGGACCUGAAGCGAAGCUUUCAAUCAUUGCAAGUCGACGUGGAGAGCCUGAAGACGGGCUUCGAUGACUUGCGUUCCGAAGUGAACCUAUUAAACUUCCAAACCCUCAAAGCCCGCACUGCGACAGCAGUUUACGGUGUUGAUAGUGGAGGGAACGGUAACGGCGUCAGGCGAGAAAGUUACUACGACCCGUAUUUAAAUCAGGAGAUAUCCUUUACUCCGCCAUACUGCCGUUAUGAUUUUUCUUGCACCAAUCAUGCCGUGCCGGAACUCAGGCAACCCGUGGUAUACGAGCUGCCACAUAACGGCAAUAGGGUCCAUCAUAAUCCACUUCCAAUGCGUAACGUUGGGUUGACGGUACGCGAUGAUUUGCCCACUCGGCCGAGCCAGAAUUCGAUCAACGCUGGGCACGCUGUCGUCGUUGGUAGUGUUUUUGGUGUUGGCGGCAACGUUGAUAGCACCAGGCGGGAAGAUCUUCACAAGGUAUUGCCGUUAAGUUCGGUCCCCGUCCCUCAUGGCUUUUGUAAUACCGAGCACGAGCACCUCAGACCAACAUUGGUUUACGAAAUGGUUCCCGACUCGAAUCAGGAUACGAAUGAUGGUGGUAUAAUUGCCAUGCGCCUCGUUAGCAGUAACAACUUGUCAAUGUCUGGUAAUAAUUUGGCUGCUUCCCAACAAGACACGAUGCCAUCCAUCAUACCUCCGUCUACUGGUCUGACUAGCGGCCAGAGUCCAGCUUUACCGAGGGACAACACCUCGUACGUUUCGUUACUUACCGGACCGGUAACCGACCUGUAGCGCGGUAGCCAGUGAUGCAGCAGGGUCGGGCCGGUGAUUACCGUUGUUGACGUUUUAUGCGUAGUGGGACAUAGAAGUGCUUUUUGUCGUUGUAUUGGACAAUACUCCAUCGGUCCCGGUGCUGAAAUGGAUCGCUCGCAUCGUUCGAUCAAAUUCGUACCUAACUUUUCUCUCCAAUCGAAAACUCACAUUCCUGCUUGUUCACAGGGAAGAAACUGAGUAUUUACUUUUUUUUCUUUUGAAUUAUUGAGAACUUUGAAAGACGUUGGGCAGUAAUAGCCGAUAUUUCCUUCUAACUGAGUAUUUACUAUACUUAUCAUUGAGUGAUUUGUGAUUAUCAGGGUUACCGUAUUUAGCGUAGCUUUUAGAGCAUACUAGAGAACCCUCGAAAAUCCAAUGAAGCGGGUGCAACCUUAACACUACCAUGAGAUGCCUUAAUGAAUUUGAUACAUUGCAUACAUAAUGAACUAUUCAGUAUAUAAUAAAGCUGAAGGUCGCAGAAA